UGUUGGUAGCCUCUAAUUAAUUUAGGGUACACCAGAAACAUGACUUGCACUACCAUUUAAUAUUAAUACCUUAUUUGGAGCCUAAUGAUGCACUUGACAGUAUAUGAAUAAAUAUUAGUAUAGUCAAUUAUUACUACAUAUAUUAAACUAUUGAAUAGAGGGAUUAGGUUGAGAUGAAGAGGAAACAAAACAGUUGACCAAACCAUAAAAUGUGUAAGCAGAACUUUGUUAUGUGAUUGUGUUAAAGACUAACUAAAGUGCAAGCACAAGGAUCCUUCUCUCAAUCUGUUAUUUCCCACUGCACUCAUCUCAAAGUGCAUCUACUUCUUGAGAUAAGGUUGUCUUAAACUAUGGCAAAUAUUGUUGUGACCAUUGCAAGUAAUGUGGGUAAAUAUUUGGCGGGACCAGCCAUUCGCGAACUUCAAUACCUUCUUUGUGUUAAUAAUGUAAUCAAUCUUCUUGAGAAUGAAAGAGAUGCGCUGUCGGCUGAAAGAGGCAACUUGCAAACUCGUGUGGCACAAGCCAAAGAGAGAACUGAAGUAAUUGAAAAGCCAGUGGAGAAAUGGUUAAAUGAUGUGGAGAAUCUCCUUGAAGAGGUGGAGAUUCUUGUACAAAGGACAGAGACUGACCUCAAUUGUUUUCAAGGAUGGUUUCCAACGUGUAAACGGUAUCUAUUGUGCAAGGAAAUGGUAAAGAAGAUAGAGGCAAUGGAGAAAUUCAAAGGCAAAAGCAAUGAUAUUAAUCCAUUUUCUCAUCUUGCUCCAUUACCAGGUAUUCAGUAUCAGUCAUCCGAAGACUUCAUUUACUUUGAGUCAACAAAAAUGGCUUAUGGUCAAAUCUGGGAAGCACUCGGGGAUGAUGGUGUCUCUAUAAUUGGAGUACAUGGAGAGGGUGGAUGUGGAAAAACAGCCCUUGUAACAGAAGUUGGCAAAAAGGCUGAGGAAUUGGAUAUGUUUGAUAAGGUUAUAUCAAUCACAGUGUCUCGAACUCCAAACAUUAGAGGCAUUCAAGGAGAAAUGGCUGAUAUGUUAAACUUGAGAUUGGGGGAAGAAAGUGAAAAGGGAAGAGCACAGCGUUUAUGGUUGUGUUUACAAGAAAAUAAGCGAACUCUUCUAAUAGUGGAUGAUCUAUGGGAAAAGUUUCAUUUGAUGGAUAUAGGGAUUCUCUUAGACAGUGUUAACAAGCGAACAUGGAAGAUCCUCAUAACCACUCAUAGCGAGCGUAUUUGUACAUCAAUGGAAUGCCAAAAGACUACUCAUUUGGAGCUCUUGUCUGAAGAUGAAUCUUGGACUUUCUUCCAAAAAUUUGUAAGAGUUGAUAACAUACUCUCCAAAAAUUUGCCACGGGAAAUCUGCAAUGAAUGCGAAAGACUUCCCCUAACAAUCAAAACUGUGGCGUUGUCAUUAAAAGGAAGGGAUGAAAGUGAAUGGCAUCGGGCAUUAGAGAAAUUGAGGGAUUCAAAGGAAUCUAAUGAUGAAGGAGGAGUGACUGCUACUUUUAGCUGCCUUAAAUUAUGUUUUGGUUAUUUGCUAAGGCCGGAAACAAAACAACUCUUUCUUGUGUGUUCUCUUUUUCCCGAAGACUAUCACAUCCCAAUAGAAGAUUUGUUGAGGUAUGCAGUUGGACUGAGUGUGGAAGAGAGAUUAUCAUUACAGUCAAGAAGAAGCUUAUUUGAAGCAAACAUCAGCCAACUUUUAGAAUCACAUUUGCUGAUGCGAGGUUCCGUGAAGAUGCAUGACGUGGUUCGUGAUGCAGCCUUAUGGUUUGCAAAUAGAUCAAAGAAUCGCAAAAUAUUGGUAAAUGUGGACAAACCACUUAGCACUGUGGCCAAGGACAACAAAAUAAGAGAUUGUUUUGCAGUAUCCUCAUGGUGGUAUAAUGAAAGUCCCUCUUUCUGUCAAUUGCUUGCUCCAAAUCUUAAAAUGCUAUUGCUAAACAUAAGUGCUCGUAGAUCAUGGAAUUCCCUGGAUUUAUCGCAUUUAACAUUUGAAGGAAUACAAGGGCUUGAGGUGUUUUCUCUAACCAUCAACUACAAAAUAGUACGAUUUUCACUACCUCCCUCUAUCCAACUGUUGACCAAUGUUCGAACUUUGCGCUUAAAUGGAUUGGAGUUUGGUGACAUAUCUUUCAUAGCAAGCUUAAUAAGACUUGAGGUUCUUGACUUGCGACGUUGUAAGUUCAACGAACUUCCUAUUGAAAUAGGAAAACUCUUACGUCUAAAGCUGCUAGAUUUGUCAGAAUGUCGUCUUUUUAAAAGGGCCUAUAAUGGAGCAAUAGGAAGAUAUUCACAACUAGAGGAAUUAUAUGCUUCAGCUUGCUACCCAGAAAAGUAUGUUUCUGAGAUUGCUAUGGAUAUUGGUUAUCUCCCAAAUUUACAAAGGUUUAAAUUUAGUGAUCAAAUCACACUAAAACUAAUGAUUCCUAAUAUCUCAAAUUUGAGGACAUCUCAAAAAACAAUUCUGCAAAUAGGUAAAAAUAUUUCUUUGACAGGCCUACAUGGAGGAUGUAAAAAUAUCAUCCCAGAUAUGGUUGGAAUUGUGGGAGGCAUGAAUGAUUUGACUUCUCUCCAUCUUACAAGUUGCAGAGAGAUAGAAUGCAUCGUCGAUGCAACCUAUGAUUUCAAGGAAGAUGAUCUGAUUCCCAACUUGGUCGAGUUACGCCUUGAGCGUAUAGAAAACAUGACAGUAUUGUGUCGAGGUCCACCUCUGGAAGUACUACGCUACUUUGAAAAACUAGAAGUACUUGAUAUACUACUUUGCGAGAAGUUACACAUCAGUUUUCCUAGGGAAUGUAAGCUGCGAAAUCUUAAGAUCCUCAGAUUAGAAUAUUGCAGGAUUGAUGAAGUACUUUUCUCAGCAUCUGUUGCUCAAAGUCUGCAUCAAUUAGAACAACUAAAAAUAAGUGGCUGCAAUGAAUUGAAGCAUAUAAUUGCUGAAAGUGGAAGUGAAUACGAUGGCUGUAAUACAAGUGAGGAAAAAAUUUCAAGUUCAAUGAAUUCUCAUUUUCUGAUGACCAAUCUAAGGGAAGUUGAGAUUUUCAGUUGUGGAAGUUUAGAGUCAAUAUUCCCAAUUUCCUAUGUUGAAGGACUAAACCAAUUGCAAAAGCUGGAAAUAUCAUUAUCUCCUAAGCUGGAAUAUGUGUUUGGUGAAUGUGGUCAUGAACACCAUUCAUCUUACCAAUACAAGAACCAUAUCAUGCUUCCUCAUUUGGAAUCUCUCAAACUCCAUAAUCUUGACAAUUUCAUUGGGAUGUGUCCCGAGAAAUGUGAAGCAAAAUGGCCAUCUCAGUCACUGAGGACAAUGACCAUACAUGAUUGUUCAAAAUUGAAAUGUUUGUUCUCUAUCAAAACACAUAGAAGCCUACCAGAGUUGAUUGAACUUAACAUUUACAAUUGUCAAGAAUUGGAACAAAUUGUUGCAGCAAAUGAAGAACUUGUGCAGCUUCCCAAAGCUGAAGUUUAUUUUCCAAAGCUAAAUAUUAUAAAAAUCUAUAACUGCAACAUGUUGAAAAGCCUUUUCCCUUUUUCUAUGGUCAGAAUGCUUCCAGAACUAAGCAAGCUUGAUAUAAUAAACUGUACUCAACUUGAAGAGGUAUUUAGACAUGGUCCCGGAGGAGACGAUAUUAUCAGGGAAAUGGAAGUUGUGCUUCCAAACUUGACAAAUAUAACAUUGUAUGAGCUACCGAAUUUUGUAGAUAUCUGUCAUGGUUAUAAGUUACAUGCCGUUAAACUUCAAGAACUCGACAUAUCUCACUGCCCUAAAGCUGUUCCAAGCAUAAAAAAAAUUCAGGAUGAAACUCAAAGAAUCGGGAUUAGAAGAUGAAGAUUCUUUUUAUGGAUACUUGAAUUUCGCAUGAGUAAUGAUGUGUUUGAACCAGACCAUAUGAGUGAGGUUUUUCACAGUCAUCUACAGAUGGAUCAUCAUUUUAUUUGUUUAGACUGUACAACUUGUAUUGAAUAACAAUGUGGUUAGUCGCAUAUGAAUUUUGAAUUUGUGUAAGUGCUAUAGCAUAGUGGUUAUGUAUUACUAUUGUAUGUGGAAUAAACACCGACUCUGAAGACAAACAAAUGAACAUGCACAUUUCAUCCACGAAAUAUUGGAAUGGAGUGUAUUCAUAUAAUUUUAUAUUGUCAAUAAUUCUUGGCUUCAUACUUUUCUCAUUAUUAUUUCUCGUAUAUAUAAAGGUUACAGGGCUAUAUCGGUAAUUACACUAAAUAAUUACAUUUAAACUAAUUCCUAUUCACAUCCCCCCUCAAAUUGAUGCUGCUUGUCAAUGAGCAUCAAUUUGCUAACAAGAAACUGAUGACGUGGACGCGGAACAGCCUUGGUAAGAAUAUCUGCAAUCUGCAACUGAGUACUGACAUGAGGAAGUGAUAUUAUUCUAUCAUCAUAAGCGUCACGGAUUGAGUGACAAUCAACUUCAAUAUGUUUGGUGCGUUCAUGAAAAACAGGAUUCGCAACAAU